AUGUCCCUCUCCGCCAACGACAACGCCUUCUCCCGCGUCUCGUCUGGCAAGACGCCUCCCCCAGCCCCCUCUGCUGCCUAUGCCAAACGCGCCAGAGAACUCGAGGCAGAGCAGGGUCUUGGUGCGAGAUACAGGCCUCCCGCGCUGCGCGCCCUAGCCUCUGGCGGUUCCCCUCCUAACGAGCUCCCCCCCUCCGCAAACUCCCCCGCCGAUAGCUCGACCUUGCCGCCCACCAACUUCCCCCCGGGGUUCCGUAGGGCCAGGGCAGGCACCCUCCCCUCCAACGUCCAGCUCGCCGCUCAACGCUUCGCCGCCGCCUCCAGCACUCUUGGUAGCACCCCAGGUUCGACCGACUCCUUCACCGACCAGCUCAUUUCACCGCGCGACCUCACGACACCCACCACGUCAGCGGCUCCUGCCCCCGUGCGGCCUGGUUUACGUCACUCGGCCUCUGUCGCUUCGUCUGUCGCUUCAUCGGCGCUCACGGAACGCAACAGUCGCCUCAGGUCGGGCUCGCUCACCCUACCCACUGGGGGGCUUUCGAACGCGUUUGGUCCGUCCAUCUUUUCGUCCUCGUGGCUGUCUUCAAGGAAUGGCGGGAAUGGACUCCAGAUGCUCGACGACCUCCGGUCGGUGGCAUCGAUGGACGAGGAUUUCGACGUGCACACGCUCGACUACCUCGGGCUCGACGACGGGGUACGUCACCAUCCCCCCGCGGCGACGCUCUCGGAACUCCGCAACCAGGCCCAGGCGGCGAUCCAGGUCAACUUGAACAACCCCGCGCGUAUGCGUGCGAGCACGGUGUCGAAUCCCUACCACCUCCGCCCCUCUGCCGCGCUCUUGGCUGCCCCCAGUGCUGAAGAAGAGGAGGAGAUGUACGAGAACGAGAUGUACAGCGGGAGCCAGGGCAUGGACACGUACGGCAACACCGACGGCAACUACCUCUCUGCGAACUACGUAGCCCAGGGCUUCAAGCAGUCCGACCAUCUCGGCGUUGGCCUCGCCACUCGCCCCCGCGCCAUCUCGGUGGGUAACCUCGACGACACCUCCAGGCUCCGCCGUCCCGGGAUGGGAGAACUUCAGACGUCGCUUGGGAUGGACAUGUCCAUGCACGCCGGCCUUGGGUCGUCGACCAUGGGACCCGCGGGGAUUCUGCGCUCCGAGAAGGCUGCGCCGCCCCGCAACGGCCUCGCGGCGAGCGUGCACUUCCCAAAUGCCGAGCCGCCUGCAAGCCGCGCAUCCGCAUACCUCAUCGCUCCCAGCUCGAACCAGACCCGUGCGGUGUCGCCCAAAACGGAAAAUGCGUCGACGCAGAUGCAGACGCCGACGCGUUCCCUGUGGAUCGGCAACCUCGACAGCUCGUUCACGAGCGAGCAGCUCAUCCACGUGUUCGCUCCUUACGGCGCCAUCGAGUCCCUCAGGUUGCUCCCCGAAAAGGAGUGUGGCUUCGUGAACUUCGUCGACCAAGCGGAUGCUAUCCGCGCCAAAGAUGACGUCCUCAAUCGCCUUGGUGGAGACAUCGGUAUGCCCAACGGUCAGACGGUCAGGAUCGGGUUUGGGAAGGCGGACAGCGCACCAGUCGCUCCCGCGAAGGGCGCUAACCUCAACAGCCCUGUCGCAACGUCCCCCGGUGGCGUUAUGGGCAAGGGCGGAAGCAACAACGCCGGGCUUUCGGGUAUGGAUGCGCAGCUGCAGUCGACCCCGACCCGCGCGCUCUGGAUCGGCUCAAUUCCUUCGACCACGACGCCAGCUACCAUUCUCAGCGUGUUCAGCCCCUACGGGCCCAUCGAGUCGGCGCGCGUGCUCACUCACAAGAACUGCGGGUUCAUCAAUUUCGAGCGCCUCGAUGACGCCGUUCGGGCUCGCAAGGCCCUCAACGGUCGCGACGUCCUCGGUAGUGACGUCGGAGCUAUCCGCAUCGGCUUCGCCAAGGUGCCCGUCAAGAACGGCCAGGACGCCAGCGGCGGUCAGGAGGAGGUGACCAACGUCAGCGUGCAGGGUGUCGGCGAUCUCAGCGUGGGUGCUACUAUCCAUGCCCUCCGCACUAUCAAGGGCGCGUCCACCAUCCCUGUGGAUCAGCAAGUGCUCAGCGGGUCUCUGGAGAACUACCGGUCGAACCUGCUCUUGAGCAUGAUCGCCUCGGGCGCGCACGCUGGCUACGACGGUGUCAGCAAGCCUGGAGGAUGGAGCCCCUCUGUGACGGAGCAGCAGAUGAUCAUGAAGGAGCUCAGUGGCGGUAGCCCCGACGCUGAAGCCGAUAUUCAGGCUCUUACAGAGUUCCGCCCCCCAACUAUGUACUAUACUACUAUUCCGCUUGUCUCUGAGAGACCCCACAACAGACGCUGGGAUGCGUCUAAGCUGCGCGAGCUCAGGAAGAGGCUCGACACUAGUACAAUCACGACCGAGGAGAUCGACAACGUUGCGGCGGACUUCCUUGACGGCGAGAUUGUCGAUCUAGCGUCCGAUUGGCUCGGAAACACGGUCGUUCAGAAGCUGUUCGAGAAGUGCUCUCCUGUACCCAGGCUUGCGAUGCUUGAACGCAUCGCGCCGCACCUCGCCAUGAUCGGCAUUCACAAGAAUGGUACCUGGGCUGCCCAGAAGAUCAUCGAGUGCGUCCAGACGCCUGACGAAGUCGCGCUUGUUACGGCCAACCUCCGUUCCUACGUCCCGCCUCUGCUUCUGGAUCAAUUCGGGAACUACGUUGUGCAGUGUUGCCUCCGUUUCGGCGCUCCGGCAACUGACUUCUUGUUCGAUGCCAUGGUGGACCGUCUUUGGGAGAUCGCUCAGGGUCGCUUUGGCGCUCGCAGCAUGAGGGCUUGUUUGGAGAGCUCACACAUCACCCUCAACCAGCAGCGCCGCAUCGCCACCGCGAUCAUUCUCAACAGCAUCCCGCUUGCCACCAACCCCAACGGCGCGCUUUUGCUCACCUGGCUCCUCGAUACUUCGAGCUUCCCUUCGCGGUACAACCUCCUCGCGCCUCGCUUCACGCCCCACCUGUCCCAUCUGUGCACGCACAAGCUUGCGUCGUUGACGGUCCUCCGCAUCGUCAACCAGAAGGUGGAGUCCGAGGCGUCUAAGCAGAUCGUCGAAGCACUGUUCAACUCCCCGGGAGACCAUGUCCUCACCGACGUGUUGGGCGAUCAGGUCAACGGUGUCGCGGUGGUCCACAAGAUCCUCACCAGCCCCUUCGUGGAUCCUGUUCAGCGUCCUAGCUUCGUCGAGGCCACCAAACGCGUCCUCAUCGAGCUCAAGGUGAUCGCCACCCAGGCGUACCGUCGUCUCAUCGAGGAGGUCGGCCUGCCCGUUCCCAACCUGCAGCCGACGUACACGAACAUCCCGCAGCCGAGCGGCAAGUCCAAGUACAACCAGCAGAACCAGUUCGGGAUGCCGGGUCUCCCCGCGGGUUAUCCGUCGAGCGAUCAAGGCCUCCAGUCCAUGAUGGCUGCGCUCCAGAUGGGUGGCCAGAACGCCGCCUCGGGCCCUCCUCGUCUUCAGAUCGACCCAGGAUUCAACCAGAACGGUGGUCCUGUCCAGGGCGGAGGCCGCGGCGGUCGCUCCAACCCGCCGUCCGCCUUCUCCCCUAACUCGGACCCGUUCAACCCAUUUAACGCCGCCAGGACCCCGGACGCGUCGACUCCCAGGAACAACGGCCCUCGUCGCAACAAUGGUGGCAUGCCUCCCGCCCAGGCGCCCUCGCCGAUCCCGUACGGCGCGCAGUCCCCCAGCCUCUCGCAGGCCGCGAACAUGAUGAACAUGAACCAGCCGCAAUACAACGGCAUGGGCCCGCAGUCCGUUCCGCCCCACGUCUACCAGGCGUACAUGUACCAAAUGUAUCAACAACAGAACCCGCCCAACAUGGGCACCUUCCAUGCUUAG